AUGAAAGUAGCGACUAAUAUUGCCUUGCUGGCGUUUGCUGCGACUGAAGUCGCCGCAUAUCCUAAGAUGGCUGCUGAACAUGCAGAAAGACUUACAAAGUCACAACGUGGAAAGCGAAGCACAGCUGCUCGAGAUCCAUUGCAAAAACGAGCCGGUUUUGAUGCCGCCUCGCAGUAUGUUAGCACGACAGGAAAGCAUACGUUCGUUGCACCCAAUUACGGUGCAGGAGAUGUUCGAGGUCCCUGCCCUGGCUUGAAUGCCGCAGCAAACCAUGGAUACAUUCCCCACAAUGGUGUUGGAACAAUUGGCGAUUUCAUAGACGGUACCAAUGUUGCCUAUGGCAUGUCAUUGGAUCUUGGGGGGUUUCUUGGGGUCUACGGCGCCGUGUUUGACGGUAACUUGCUAGCUUACUCUAUUGGCGGACCAACAACUAACAACGCCCUUCCCUUGGGUAAUCUUUUGGGUGUUACCGGACCACCUCAAGGACUUUCCGGAUCGCACAACAAGUACGAAAGUGACACAUCUCCAACUCGCCCGGAUCUCUACUUAGCCGGGCAAUCCUACGACGUUGAGGUUCCUCUUUUUCAGAAGUACUAUGAUGCUUUGAUUGAAGGCGUUGGUGCCGACGCACAAUAUCAAGGACUUCUUGAUUUCAGAAUCGACCGCCAUAAUAACUCUAAAACAACCAACCCUUACUUCUUCUCUUCACCUUUCGCCGGUGUUCUCGUCUCACCUGCUGGUUACAAUUUCCCCGUUCGAAUGAUGUCCAACAAAUCUGCCGAAUUUCCAGAGGGCUCUUUGACCAAGAGUGAUCUGAUGUCUUUCUUCGCUAUCACCGGCGAGUCUGGCAAUUUUCAAUAUGCCCCCGGCCAUGAACGCAUCCCAGAUAAUUGGUACAAGAGAGCCACUGACGAUGAAUAUUCUAUCGCCGGCUUCCUUGCCGACGUCAUCGACUACGCAGAGCAAUAUCCUCCUCUUCUUGACAUUGGUGGAAACACGGGUAAGCCCAAUACCUUCACGCCCGUUGAUCUUGGAUCCUUGACCAAGGGUGUGUUCGAAAGCGGAACUUUACUCGAAGGGAACAAUUUGGAAUGUUUCGUCUUUCAGGCUGCACAAGCAGCAAUUCCCGACAUUGCAGGUGGCACUCUUACAAGUAUUGGCAAUUCCAUUCAGCCAUUCUCCGAUACCGUAGCUCAGCGCCUUCUUGGCUUGGGUUGCCCAAAACUGGAAGGUAUUGAUCAAAAGUCAUUCGAUAAGUUUCCAGGCUACACUAAAUGCAAGAAUGGAUGUUCAUCGUAUUAG